AUGGGGUCUGGAAUGAGCAAGGUUGUUGAGGGCCUCUACCUGGGAAACAUCCGGGAUUCUGAGGACAGAGAAAAUUUGACAAAGAACAGGGUCACCCACAUCCUGUCUGUGCAUAACAACGCCAGACCUGUGCUGGAGGAUAUGACCUACCUCUGUAUAUCAGUGUCAGAUUCAUCCAGUCAAAACCUGAGCCAGCAUUUUAAGGAGAGCAUCAGGUUCAUUCAUGAAUGCCGGCUCCAUGGGGGAGGCUGCCUCAUUCAUUGCCUGGCUGGAGUUUCCCGCAGCACCACCAUCCUGGUGGCUUACCUUAUGACUGUGACCGACCUCAGCUGGGAGGAGUGUCUGGCUGCCACCAAGGUCGUCCGUUCCUAUGUCAGUCCCAACUUUGGCUUUCAGCAGCAGCUGCAGGAGUACGAGAGAACUCUGCUCAAGGAGUACCGAGCCUGGGUUCGACAAGAGUAUGGCAAGAAUCCAUUUAACGACCAAGAAGAGCUGCAGCACUUAAUCACUGAGCAGGAAGAGAAACAGAGAGAACAGCAGCUUGGAAGCAGGGAGAAUCACUGGAUCAACUCCCCGACACCCAAUUACCCGCUUCCCUACAAUGCCUAUGGUACCAGCAGCAACAGAUGGAUGAACAGAUAA